CGGCGGCGGCCUGGGGCCGGGGAUGUGUUGGGUUCUCCGCCCCGGGACAGCCCGGCGCGCGGCGGGCGGGGCGAGGGGCGAGUGAGGAGUCCUCUGGUGCGUCCUUGCCCACCAUGGCUAAGCCAACAAGCAAAGAUUCAGGCUUGAAGGAGAAGUUCAAGAUUCUGUUGGGACUGGGGACUCCACGGCCAAACCCCAGGUCUGCAGAGGGCAAGCAGACUGAGUUUAUCAUCACCGCGGAAAUCCUGAGAGAGCUGAGUGUUGAAUGUGGCCUCAAUAAUCGCAUCCGGGUGAUAGGGCAGAUCUGUGAGGUUGCCAGAACGAAGAAAUUCGAAGAGCACGCGGUGGAAGCACUCUGGAAGGCUGUCUCGGACCUGCUGCAGCCAGAGCGGCCACCCGAGGCCCGGCAUGCGGUGCUGGCUCUGCUGAAGGCCAUUGUGCAGGGACAGGGGGACCGCCUGGGCAUUCUCAGGGCCCUCUUCUUCAAGGUCAUCAAGGAUUACCCCUCUAAUGAAGACCUCCACGAGAGACUGGAAGUUUUCAAGGCCCUCACAGACAAUGGGAGACACAUCACCUACUUGGAAGAAGAGCUGGCGGACUUUGUCCUGCAGUGGAUGGACGUUGGCCUGUCCUCCGAAUUCCUCCUGGUGCUCGUGAACUUAGUCAAGUUCAACAGCUGUUACCUUGAUGAAUACAUCGCCUCCAUGGUCCACAUGGUCUGCCUGCUCUGUGUCCAGACCGUGUCCUCUGUGGACAUAGAGGUGUCUCUGCAGGUGCUGGAUGCUGUGGUUUGCUACAAUUGUCUGCCAGCCGAGAGCCUCCCCCUGUUCAUCGUCACCCUCUGCCGCACCAUCAACGUCAAGGAGCUCUGUGAACCUUGCUGGAAGCUGAUGCGCAACCUCCUGGGCACCCACCUGGGCCACAGCGCCAUCCACCACAUGUGCCGUAUCAUGGAAGACAGAGCCUACAUGGAGGACGCACCGCUGCUGAGAGGAGCCGUGUUCUUUGUUGGCAUGGCUCUCUGGGGUGCCCACCGGCUCUAUUCUCUCAAGAACUCCCCAACAUCUGUGUUGCCAUCGUUUUAUGAGGCCAUGACCUGUCCGAAUGAGGUGGUGUCCUAUGAGAUUGUCCUCUCCAUAACCAGACUUAUCAAGAAGUAUAGGAGGGAGCUCCAGGCCGUGACCUGGGACAUCCUGCUAAACAUCAUCGAGCGCCUGCUCCAGCAGCUCCAGAGCCUGGACAGUCCAGAGCUGAGCGCCAUCGUGCACGACCUGCUGAGCACAGUGGAGGAGCUGUGCGACCAGAACGAGUUUCACGGCUCGCAGGAGAGAUACUUUGAGCUCGUGGAGAGGUGUGCGGACCAAAGGCCUGAGUCGUCCGUCUUAAACUUAAUAACCUACAGGGCUCAGUCCAUCCAUCCAGCGAAGGAUGGCUGGAUCCACAACCUGCAGCUGCUGAUGGAGAGGUUCUUCAGGAACGAGUCACGUAGCGCUGUGCGCAUCAAGGUGCUAGACGUCCUGUCCUUCGUGCUGCUCAUCAACAGGCAGUUCUAUGAGGAAGAGCUUAUCAACUCAGUGGUCAUCUCGCAGCUCUCCCACAUCCCUGAGGAUAGAGACCACCAGGUCCGGAAGCUGGCCACUCAGCUGCUGGUAGAUCUGGCUGAAGGCUGCCACACCCAUCACUUCAACAGCUUACUGGACAUCAUUGAGAAAGUGAUCGCCCGCUCCCUCUCUCCGCCCCCUGAGCUGGAGGAGAGGGAUGUGGCCGUGCACUCAGCCUCCUUGGAGGAUGUGAAGACUGCGGUCCUGGGGCUCCUGGUCAUCCUUCAGACCAAGCUGUAUGCCCUGCCCGCCAGCCAUGCCACACGUGUGUAUGAGACGCUGGUCAGCCACAUUCAGCUCCACUACAAGCACAGCUACACCCUGCCCAUUGCCAGCAGCAUCCGUCUGCAGGCCUUCGACUUCCUGCUGCAGCUACGGGCCGACUCACUGCACCGCCUGGGCCUGCCCAGCAAAGACGGGCUCGUGAGGUUCAGCCCCUACUGCGUCUGUGACUACCUGGAGACAGAGAGGAGCUCCGAGAAGAAGGCCGGGGGGCCGCUGUCCCCGCCUGCCGGGCCCCCUGGCCCCGCACCCGCGGGCCCUGCCGCGCGCCUCGGCUCCCUGCCCUACUCCCUGCUCUUCCGUGUUCUGCUGCAGUGUCUGAAGCAGGAGACCGACUGGAAGGUGCUGAAGCUUGUGCUCAGCAAGCUGCCCGAGUCGCUGCGCUAUAAGGUCCUCAUCUUCACCUCCCCGUGCAGCGUCGACCAGCUGUCCGCCGCCCUCUGCUCCAUGCUUUCAGGUCCCAAGACCCUGGAGCGGCUCCGAGGCACCCCAGAAGGCUUCUCCAGGACCGACCUGCAUCUUGCUGUGGUUCCCGUGCUGACAGCCCUGAUCUCUUAUCAUAACUACUUGGACAAAACCAGACAGCGGGAGAUGGUGUACUGCCUGGAGCAAGGCCUCAUCUACCGCUGUGCCAGCCAGUGUGUGGUGGCCCUGGCCGUAUGCAGCGUGGAGAUGCCUGACGUCAUCCUCAAGGCGCUGCCUGUCCUGGUCGUGAAGCUCACACACAUCUCGGCCACGGCCAGCAUGGCCAUCCCGCUCCUCGAGUUCCUGUCCACUCUGGCCAGGCUGCCUCACCUCUACAGGAACUUCGCAGCAGAGCAGUAUGCCAGUGUGUUUGCCAUCUCCCUGCCAUAUACCAACCCCUCCAAGUUCAAUCAGUAUAUCGUGUGCCUGGCCCAUCACGUCAUAGCCAUGUGGUUCAUCAGGUGCCGCCUGCCCUUCCGGAAGGACUUUGUUCCUUACAUCACCAAGGGUCUGCGCUCCAACGUCCUCCUGUCUUUUGAUGACACUCCCGAGAAGGACAGCUUCAGAGCGCGGAGCACCAGUCUCAACGAGAGGCCCAAGAGUUUGAGGAUAGCCAGACCCCCCAAACAAGGCUUGAAUAACUCUCCACCCGUGAAAGAACUCAAGGAGAGCUCUGCAGCCGAUGCCUUCCGGUGCCGCAGCAUCAGUGUGUCUGAACAUGUGGUCCGCAGCAGGAUUCAGACCUCUCUCACGAGCGCCAGCUUGGGGUCUGCAGAUGAGAACUCGAUGGCCCAGGCCGACGACAACUUGAAAAACCUCCACCUGGAGCUCACAGAGACGUGUCUGGACAUGAUGGCCAGAUACGUGUUCUCCAAUUUCACGGCAGUCCCCAAGAGGUCCCCUGUAGGAGAGUUCCUCCUGGCUGGUGGCAGGACCAAAACCUGGCUGGUUGGGAACAAGCUUGUCACCGUGACGACGAGCGUGGGAACCGGGACCCGGUCACUGCUAGGCCUGGACUCGGGAGAGCUCCAGGGCGGCCCGGAGUUGAGCUCUGACCCCAGCGUGCACGUGAGACAGACAAAGGAGGCCCCCGCCAAGCUGGAGUCCCAAGCUGGGCAGCAGGUGUACCACGGAGCCCGGGACCGGGUCCGUUCCAUGUCCGGGGGCCAUGGCCUUCGCGUGGGUGCCUUGGACGCUCCAGCCUGCCACUUCCCUGGCAGCCCCACAUCCCUGGGCUCCCAGACUGCUCCAGCCGGCCAGCCCGAGAAGGCCUCAGCUGGCAGCCCGCUCCCAGCGCAGAAGGAGAAGACAAACCUGGCUGCUUACGUGCCCCUGCUGACCCAGGGCUGGGCGGAGAUCCUGGUCCGCAGGCCCACAGGGAACACCAGCUGGCUGAUGAGCCUGGAGAACCCGCUCAGCCCCUUCUCCUCGGACAUCAACAGCAUGCCGCUGCAGGAGCUGUCCAAUGCCCUCAUGGCUGCCGAGCGCUUCAAGGAACGCCGCGACACAGCCCUGUACAAGUCGCUGUCAGUGCCGGCGGCCGGCUCGGCCAAGCCAUCCCCGCCCCCACGCUCCAACACAGGCUCGGGUCCUUGCAGGACCGGCGGUGCCUGUCCUCUCUGCUCGGCUGUGCGUGGCCUUCCUCCUGCUGACGGGCCGCUCACGGUUUCCCUUGCAGUGGCCUCUUUCUCCUCCCUGUGCCAGUCCAGGUGCCAAGGAAAGCUGCACAGGAGCAUUUCCUGGGCAGAUUCCGCGGUAGUCCUGGAGGAGGGAGGUCCAGGCGAGGCCAGUUUGUCUGCAGAGCCUCCCGAGUUGGAAGACUUUGAGGCAACACUGGGCUCCGAUGGGCGCUGUGGGCGCAGCGACGCUUUCAGCAGGUCAUCUUCCACCUCCAGCCAGGAGGAGAAGUCAUUCCAUGCCGAGGAGUUGCCUCCUGGGGGCAUCCCCAUCGAGCGGGCGGUCUCCUCGGAGGGCUCCCGGGCCUCCGUGGACCUCGCCUUCCAGCCCUCUCAGCCCCUGAGCAAGUCCAGCUCGUCGCCUGAACUGCAGACCCUGCAGGACAUCCUGGGGGACCCUGGGGACAAGGCUGAGGUUGGCCGGCUGAGCCCUGAGGCCAAGGCUCGGUCGCAGUCAGGGAUCCUGGACAGGGAAGGUGCUCCCUGGUCAGCCCCGGGUGAGGAACGCCGGGGCCGGGGCCCCUCCCAGCCAGAGGGCCCCCUGCCUUCCAGCUGUCCCCGCUCCCCCAGUGGGCUGCGGCCCCGAGGCUACACCAUCUCGGAUUCGGCCCCGUCACGCAGGGGCAAGAGGGUGGAGAGGGAUGCCUUCAAGAGCCAGGCAGGGACCUCCAACACCGAGAAGGUGCCGGGCAUCAACCCCAGCUUUGUGUUCCUGCAGCUCUACCACUCACCGUUCUUCGGUGACGAGUCCAACAAGCCAAUCCUUUUGCCUAAUGAGUCUUUCGAACGGUCAGUGCAGCUCCUUGACCAGAUCCCGUCAUACGACACGCACAAGAUCGCGGUCCUGUACGUGGGAGAAGGCCAGAGCAAUAGCGAGCUCGCCAUCCUGUCCAAUGAGCACGGCUCCUACAGGUACACAGAGUUCCUCACAGGGCUGGGCAAGCUCAUCGAGCUCAAGGACUGCCAGCCGGACAAGGUGUACCUGGGCGGCCUGGACGUGUGCGGCGAGGACGGCCAGUUCACCUACUGCUGGCAUGACGACAUCAUGCAAGCGGUCUUCCACAUCGCCACCCUGAUGCCCACCAAGGACGUGGACAAGCACCGCUGUGACAAGAAGCGCCACCUGGGCAACGACUUCGUGUCCAUCGUCUACAAUGACUCUGGCGAGGAUUUCAAGUUGGGCACCAUCAAGGGCCAGUUCAACUUCGUCCACGUGAUUAUCACGCCCCUGGAUUACGAGUGCAACCUGGUGUCUCUGCAGUGCAGGAAAGACAUGGAGGGCCUUGUGGACACCAGCAUGGCCAAGAUCGUGUCUGACCGAAACCUGCCCUUCGUGGCCCGCCAGAUGGCCCUGCACGCAAACAUGGCCUCGCAGGUGCACCAUAGCCGCUCCAACCCCACCGACAUCUACCCCUCCAAGUGGAUCGCCAGGCUCCGCCACAUCAAGCGGCUGCGCCAGCGGAUCCGUGAGGAAGCCCACUACUCAAGCGCCAGCCUGCCCCUGAUGCAGACACACCCUCCUGGUCAUGCCAAGGCUCUGGCACAGGCCCCAGCCGAGUCCACGCCUGCCUAUGAGACAGGCCAGCGGAAGCGCCUGGUCUCCUCUGUGGAUGAUUUCACUGAGUUCGUGUGAGGCUGUGCAGGGUGGGUACUCUGACCCGUGGGGCUUUUCUGACUUGGACACAUCCUGGGCUCCAGCUGUUUGAGCAGCUGUGCUGCCAGACCUUCCCUGCCCCCACAGCACUAGGUGAUAUUUAUCUGUGCAAAUAAAGUGCUGGCAUGGCCCAGGCCUGUGCACUCAGACACAGACCCCAGAGUGGACACAGA